AUUAAUUAAGAAAAAUGGGAAACACUAAUGGAUCAUAAAACUUACUUGUAUUAGAUUAAAAUUAUACAUAUUUAACUUUAAAAACUCAUCCAGUUUUUGGAGAGAUUAAACUAUAUAAACAUAGUGAUACAGGAAGAAAAAUCGCAAUAAUUAAUAAAUAAAUCUUUGAGUCUGAACAGCAUAAUAUGAAACAAGAAACCUAUUUAAAGAGAAAAUCGUAUAAUAAUAUAAAUCUUUUGAAAGUUUUAGGUUUUCAGAAACUUGUAGCAAAUGAUUUAUGUUCACAAAUUAAAUACCUGUCAAUCCAAGUUGAAUAUUAUGAAAACACUAUCGCUUAAUUUAAAGAAAGGUUUACAGAAAAAGAACUUUAUUAUUUGAUAUUUUCAUUGUGUGAUGCUAUGGAUUAUUGCAAAUAAAAUAAUAAUGAAAUAACAGAUUUACAUCCAUCAAAAAUCUUAGUUACAGAUGAUGGAUUUGUUAAAUUAGUAGAUAACAUAGUGGCAUUGGAAGCUAUAUCUAACUUUCAUUAAGUGAAAUAUAAUGAUCGAUAAGUUGAAUAUUUAGCACCAGAAUAAUUAGAAUUGUUUUCAGGAUUAAAAAAUAAAAUAAAUUAAGAUAAAGCAAAUAUUUUUUGUUUAGGAUUACUAUUAUCUUAAUUAAUCACAAAAUAACCUGUAAGUGAUUACUACCUUGAAGAAUUUGUUAAUUUAAAUCUUGUGUUUAAAAGGCUAGAUUAAAAAUUUGCAUAGUAUUCUUACUCUAAUAGUCUAUAUACUUUACUUAAAGAAAUGUUGGCUCCUGAUCCAGAAGAAAGAUUGUCAAUAAAAUAAGUUUUGGCAAAAAAAUAGUAUCACCACUUUGUUAGCAAUUUGGACGGAGACUCAGUUGAUUUUACUGAUCACCAUCCACCAGAAUCUAUUUUAUAAUCUCCAAAUUCAUAUUAUUAUGAUGAACAGCAUAUAUCAUAUCAUAGAAAAAAGGAAUCAAUGAUUUCUUUGAAAGCAGUAAAUGAGGAAAAUUUAUUUAUGGAUUCCUCGUUACAAAUUAGAAUUGAUAAAGCAUUGGCUGAAUCUAAUAAAUUAUUAGAUUAAAUUAGUGUUUCUUCACCAGUCACAAAAUUUUAGAGCAGAGCAACCAUUAAUGGAAUUUUUGAUUCUGUACAAAAUCCUUUAAUUUAAUUAACUGAAUCUAGAAUUAAAAGAUUAAUUGAAAACUCAGAAGAUACAAUAGAAAAAUCUUAAUAAUAGUCGAAAGUAUGUCUGUGA